AUGGACGCCUCGUUUCUAUCUGGUGUAGACUACAACGACACGUACGUGGACGAGCAUUUAUUCUUUAAGGACCAUAUUGAUGGCUUCGGCAUCACGAUGGCGAUACUCUACUCGGUGGUUUGCAUCCUGGGACUCACUGGAAACUCUCUCGUCAUUAUUGUCAUUUUGAAACUGGACAAAAUGUCAUCUUCCACAACGGUGUACAUUUUCAACCUGGCGCUAGCCGAUGGACUCUUCAUGGUUGGUCUUCCCUUCAUAGUGAGCCAGAACUUCCUGAAUCAGUGGAUGUUUGGCGACAUAGUGUGCAAAGUGGUCAUGGUGCUGGACGGCAUCAACCAGUUCACCAGCGUCUUCUGUCUGACGGCGAUGAGCAUCGACCGCUACAUGGCGCUGGCCGACCCCCUCCGGUUCGCCCGUUGGAGAACGCCACGCUUUGCCAAGUUCGUCUCGGCGUUCCUGUGGCUGUUCUCGCUCCUCACCAUCCUCCCCAUGGCGCUUCACUUCUCCACUGAUCGAGGCCUGUGUUUACCGGACCUCGGUUCGGACGACUGGUGGAUCGGCGUCUUGUCUUACACCUUCGUCAUGGGGUUUGCUUUGCCGUUCACGGUCAUGACGGCCUCCUAUACGGCGCUGCUGCUCACAAUGAGAUCCCAGCGGGUCCGAGCGGCGACAACGUCAAACUACGAGAGCAACCGUGUGGAGCGCCAGGUCACCAAGAUGGUGGUCGCGGUGGUGUUGGUGUUCGGGAUGUGCUGGCUGCCAUUUUACACCUUGAACUUCUGCGCUCUGUAUCAAACAGGCCUGGUUCUGACCUUCGCCAGAGCGUUUGAGUUUGUGGUCCUGCUGUCGUACUCAUGGAGCUGCGCUAACCCCAUUCUCUACGCCUGCUUCUCCGACACCUUCAGGAGGCACUUCCGCACACUCCUCUGCCCCGUCCCCAAGUCAUCUCCCAGCAUGCAGUGCAACACUGAACGGUAUGACCUAAAUGACAGCGGUGUGCGGGAUGUGACCAUUCUGGCAUAGAGAAAUGACGACUG